AGCAGGUGAGAUCGCAGCAUCGCCUCCUCGCGCUUUCAGAGACUCAGAGUGGCGGAUUAACGGAGCGGAGCCAUGGGAAAGCUUCAAGAAUUUGAUAUCACUUUUACCAACAACAAGGUGGUUUACGGUCCGGGAGAGUCUAUAAGCGGGACUGUGAAAAUACGCACCAGCAACUCGCUGCAGUACAAAGCAAUCAAGGUGAACUGUCAGGGCUCAUGUGGGAUCUCCAACAAAAUGAAUGACGCCUCCUGGAGUCUGGAGGAGCAAUACUUCAACAGCACGCUGUCUGUUGCUGAUAAAGGAACUCUGGCGGCAGGCGAACACAGUUUCCCCUUCCAGUUUCUCAUUCCAGUCGCUGUCCCGACUUCCUUUGAGGGACCAUUUGGGAAGAUUAUUUACCGUGUGAGGGCCGCCAUCGACACGCCCCGCUUCUCUAAGGACUACAAAGCCCAGAGGCCCUUCUACCUACUCAACCUCCUGAACCUCAAUGAGGUGCCUGACAUUGAACAUUCGAGUUCUGCUGUGACCACUAAGAAAUUCACCUACCUCCUGGUGAAGACGGGGACCCUGAUGCUGAAAGCUCGCAGCGACCUCAGGGGUUACAUCCCCGGUCAGGUCAUCAAGUUAGCCACCGAGAUCCACAACAAGUCUGGGAAGGACACGGGAUGUGUACUGGCCAGUCUCAUACAGAAAGUGACCUAUAAGACCAAGCGGCCUUUGUUUGACCUGCGGACCAUCGCGGAGGUGGAGGGAGCCGGAGUGAAAGCGGGAAAACAUGCAGAGUGGAGGGAGCAGAUCAUCGUCCCUCCUCUUCCUCAGUCAGCACUAGCCGGCUGUAGCCUCAUAGAUAUAGACUAUUUUAUUCAGGUGUCACUAAAAUCUCCAGACGCAGUCGUCACUCUGCCCAUCUACAUCGGGAACAUCGCUGUGAACUUGUCUCCAUCUAGGACCAUUCCCUCCAGUCCAGAGCACUGCGGUGCCACCAUCGCACCCAGAGCUGCAGGGGUGACCCCCAGUGCUCCACCGGCAGAGGAGGAGCCAGAGGAGGGUUUGUGUGCGGGGGGCCUGGCCAGUGAGGAGAUCCCAACCAAGAGUCACUCUCAGCAGGAUCCGUCAGGUCAGCCGGUCACCAUGUCCCCCAGCGCCUUCAGCCACGCACCAGGCGCAGCGCUGCCUCCCAGCCACAGACGACCCGACGCGUCCGCUCCACUCUUCUGCGUGUCCACGGGGGCCACCAUACCUUUCUUCACCGAGGGAAACGUGACUCCUGUACCCACUUCCUGUUCUCUCAUUCUCCCUCCAGAGUACAGCAGCUGGGACUACCCUCAUGAGCCCCCACCUUCUUAUGAGGAAAGCUGCAGUAGCGCCAACUCCAGUUUCAACAGUAGACAGUAGAGAAGAAGCAGGUGAUGAAGCAUCAUGGCCACACCCACCCACACCUGUCUGCACUGGCCUCUCGACAAAUCAGGACAAUCAGACGCACUUGGGUGAUAGAGGAUGGACAGUAACACCCCCUCCCUUUUUUUCUUCUGUUUGUCCUGUAAUAAUUUAAAAAAAGGGAUCAUAUCUUAUAUUGAAGAAUUUUACUUUCACCUCAUGUCCCUGCAGGUGGUGUCAGACAGAAUGGGUGAAUAUCAUUGUGCCUAAAACAAGUAUUUUGGAUUGUCACACAGCAUUUACAACAUUCAGUGAUUGGACUUGUUUCCUUCUUGGGCCGGGGUAGAUUCUGUUCUGUCUUUUAAAUCGAUUGUUACAUCUGUGAUGCCUUGAAAAUGAUUUUGGCCAGCUGAAGGCUCGAGUUUGACAAGACCAAUCGUUAGCCUUUUGUGUGCACUUGCUAUUGUGGUACACUGCUGUCCCUGUGUGUGUGUGUGUGUCUCUCAGCUGUCCCCAUCAUCAGCAGGGCAGAGCUGUCCUCAUGCAGGGUAUCGAGAGGAGAAUUUACAGCCACAGGUCCUGUGCUGUCUGUGAAACGUAUUAAAACCCCUGUGUGCAGCAUCUUUUUUGUGAUUGUUUUAAUAGAAAGUCAUGUUUUUUUUCUGUCUCCUGCACACAGGGGCUUUAAAGAGAAAUAAUGUCUCAGGAAAACUUCUCAGUUGUGUGACUUGAAACACGGGUAGCUCUAAACAAAAUAUUCAAAAUACUUUUAAGGUUUUUAUGUGUUGUUGAUGUGAUUGUUUUAUUGACACGGAUUAUCCAAUAAGUUAAAUAAUUAAAAAACCCUAUCUUUCUGUAUAAGAUCGUUCCUGUUGAGAAAAUGUAAAAUUCAACACACAGAGGAGCACAUGCACUGACAUGCUCAGGCUCUGAAAGUAAUAAAUAACUUUACAAAUAUAAAUAUGCUUUGUCUUUGUGCCGUCACCCUGUGUUGACUCAUAUAACUGAGAGUUUUUGCUUUGAGACCAGUUUUGUAUUCAGGGGACAGUUUACCUGCAGUGGGACACAGGACUGUAGAACUGGUGCAGUCUGACUCUGCCCUCUUGUGGCCAUUGCCGGUACAAACUUUAUCUCAACCUGGUUUUGAAACUGGAGCUGAACAUGAUCAGCCGUGCAAACUGCGAUGCUUAACGGAGUCCCUGCUUCUGCAAUGCACCAGCUGAGGCCAUUUUAUUUUCUUGCAACUGUCUGUUGAGCAGAACUGACAAAUUUAGGUUUGAGAUGCGUAGAUAUGUUGUUUUGAGAUGUGAUGUUUUGCAUCCUCUUUUCAGUCUCUGUAGGGAAGAGAUUGUGUCUUUUUGUUUUUCCUCCUCUCUGUUGCCUUAAUUUUCAUUUCGUGUUGCAUUAGUGUGAAGAGAAUCCUCUGAAAUUUCCAUCAGUGCAGAUGAUGAACAUACAUGUGCACGACGCAGCACUUUUUGACAGUUUGAGUGUAUGGGUAUUCUGUGAGUGUGCACAUCUACUGUACAUGUGUGUGUGUGUAUGAACGUGUGUGUAAAAUAUAGCUUAUUUGGAUGAGAUGCUAACUUACUCAGCAGUCUCUACAUAGAUUCCUGAUUCAGUAUCUGUGUUACAUUGUCUGUUAGAGACAUUUUUAUUUUUCUGUGUACAAGGGCUGAGUGAACAUUUCCAGUGUAAUCAUAACAAGAUAUGAUCUUAUCAUGUUAUUCGUCUACAAAUUAAUUUAUCAAAAUGAUUUAGUGCAGUUUUUGUUUUGCGCAUAUAAAAAAAAAAUUGGUCUCAUGUAAUGCAAAAAGUUCAGUUUUGAUUGUUUUAUAUCUGACUUUGCAUAAAUUUGUCUUAUUGUGUCGUAUAUUGAUCACCCAGGCCCCAGCCCAACUGUGUUGUAAAACAAUCAGCACAUAUUUGUUGUCACUUUCCCGUGGGAAAAUAAUGCCACUGAAAAUCUUAAGCACAACUGCUGUACUAAAUGUUUGUGUGACUAUUGACGUGUUUGUCUUAUUAUACCCCGUUUAAAUACAAUCUCAAAUCCAAGUCAAGUUAAGAUUCAAACCUGUGAAUUUUUUUUUUUUUUAAUUGCGUUUUCUCCUGACUGCAGAUCAUGUUGCCACGUUUUGUCCAGAAUCCAGAAAUUUCCACAGACAAACUGCUUUUACAGUUAGAAAUCUAAGACUCAAACUAUGGUAUUCUGGCUCUACUAUUGUGAAUGCAUGCCUUAAACAGUCUGGAUUCCCACCACCCCUUAUAGGAGCCUUUGAUGGUCUCCCCUCUUCUGGGUUAGGGAGGACAUCAGGACAUGCUCCUGCAACUCUUCCUGUCCCGCCUCCUGUGGACUGUGCUAAGUGCACUUGAUGUAUACAAAUGUAGCUUUUAAUAACAGUGAGGACAAUGGACCUUGGACCUGUCAAACUUGUUUUUUUAUUCUUGUUUUAGAAAAUAUGUGCAAUUCCUCUCAUCUUCAUGAACGAUGCAGCAGCAGCAGCAGCUUGGUUCCCUGAAGUAAUUUCACGCUGCCUUUAUCAGUCCUGAUUCUGUUGAAUUCUUUUCCACCAAAAGGUACAAUAGCUUUACAGUAUGAAGCCCAACUUGUUCUGUUUUUAUUUCAUCCUCCCCUCCUCACAUAUUGAUGAGUUGUGUCUGGUUUUGUAUUUUUCUACUUGUAAACUGUUUACAGGUGCAGUAUGCAGAUACUAAUGGUAGCACCUCAACCAUUCAAUGUAAUAUUUCAACUUGCAGUGCAGAAUCAAAGUUGUACUGUACAG